UAGUGGGUUUUAACAACGUCAACAAUAAUAAUAAAUAUGGCGACAGCUCUAGCAAGGCCGAUCUCGUUCCCUGAUAUUGGUCUGAAUGAACAAGACCAAGAUGGUAAUUCAGCAUUGUUAGAGCUUGACAGAGGACUGAAGUCUUCAAGGACAGGAGAACAGUGUGAAGCAAUAUCAAAAUUUCCAGCACUAUUUGAAAAGUAUCCCUUUCCCAUUUUAAUUAACUCAGCUCUACUGAAGCUGGCUGAGGUAUUCCGUCAGGAAACACCAGGGAGCAACUUUGUACGUGUGUGUGUUGUUGAAGUUGUGGAGUCAUGUGGUCGCCACUUAGACAAGCUCAUCAAUGUGGAUGAGUUCCUCCGCCGUAUUACCACUGUCAUGCAUUCAAACGAUCCAUUGGCACGGGCCCUCACCCUUCGCACUCUGGGAUGGAUGUCAGGGGUUGUGGGAGAGAACAGACGAGUGCAGCAUUUGAUACGUGAAGCAUUAGAUGCCAAGGAAGCAGUGGAGCUUCAGGCUGCUAUUAUGGCUGCAGAAAAAUAUGCUGCAAAGUCUAAAACAUUUGCUAUGAACAUGUGUGAACGUCUCAUCCACAUGAUUGGUGGAUUGGCAACACCAGUUGAUGUGAAGCUGCAGCUUAUACAAGUGUUUCAACAUAUGCAUCAUGAUGCUGAAACAGCAGCAACUGUGAGGAGUCUGUGCCUAGAGUUAUUGAAGGAGUAUCCAACUCAGCGAGUCGUCAUCACAACCUUACACACACUCACUCAGUUGGCUGCUCAUAUUUUGGUCGACAUUCCUCAGCAAGUUGACCUCUUGAUUGGCUACUUGGAGAGUGAGGCUCGCUUAGGAGUUCGUCAGGCAGUGCUUGGAGAACUUGGGUUCUUGGCAGGAGCUGCACCACAUGCUUGGUCUGCAGACAAUGUUGAGACAUUGGUUAAGUUUACACGGUGUUCUCGCCAUAAUCCUGCUAUGACUACAACAGCUCUCUCUGUUUUGGCAUCACUAACUGCAGCUCCAGCCCUGCCUCGCAUCACACUAACUCCAGAAUGUGCUCUCGUAGAUUUGUGCAGAGAAUGUGUUUAUGACAGCAACAUUCGUGUAGCCUGUAGAGCCAUUCAACUAUUUACCAACAUAGCUAUCUAUAUGUUUGAGGAACAGAAGACAAGUGUGGUAUGUGAAGAGGCUCACUGUGCUGCUCUAAGUCUGCUACAGAGUGUUGUCAGUGCCUCACAGGUGGAUGAAGCAACCAAGCCUGGCCCAGAAGAGUUCAUUCCUGCUGGACUUCGUACCUGUUUAGUGUGUACUGUACUGCUGGCCCAGACUAAAUCCAAUAUCAUGAGUGACUUAGCAAUCACACUCACUGACAUUUUGGCUGAUGGCAUACUCUCAGGUAAGUUCCUUAUAUUUAAACAUCUUUGAAUAUGUAUAAGAAAAAAAAAGGUUUGUGCAGCAUUAUCAGAUAUUCAUUCAGUCAAAUGCAUGUAAAUGGAAGCCACCGACGCCACCCAAGGAACAACAACAACAACAACAAACAUGGCUGACUCCCCCUCCAACUCCACUCCCUUCAAAGGAUUCAUCCAUGAUAACUCAGGUACGAUUAUUCCUGACAAUAUCAAGGACUACAUCGUUGCUCUAGAAAAUGAAAUCAAAGAUAUCAAAGCAGCACUCGAGCGACGAGAUUCCAAGAUAACCAACCUCGAGAAUAAGAUCCAAAACCUUGAAGAGAAGAUUACAUCGGGAAGUGUUGACACAGAAAAUACUCUAAAAGCAGCUAUAGCCAGUCACACUGAGCAAAUAACAACAAUAAAUAUGAAGGUUG